AUGUUUGGGUGGUCGGUGAUCCUUCCCCUUUUCUUUGGGAACGGUUUGAAGUCUUUUGAAGGUGGUAACUCCAAACAAUCCAAUGGAAUGAUGCUGAGUUUUGAUGUUGGUCAAGUCGGUAAGUCGGUUUGCUGGGUUUUUGAUGUUAAGAUUAAGCGAAGAUGAUGAACACGGCGUUUUAGCCGGUGUGUAAAGUCUCUGAAAAAGUCCACGCGGCACGAAACCGUAAAUUCGACGAGCCAUAACGACGAGAAAUCACGUCCACCUGGAAAAAAGCACAGAACACCUCGAGAAGUCAUUCAACAAGAUUCGGACAAGAAGAACGAGGACAAAGGCCAAGAAAAAACUUCAAUAACGUCCAUCCAUGGACGAGACGAGCUCCCCACCCCUUGGAAUUUGUCUAAUGCGACCCUAAUCCUAAGUGAUGAUCGGAGACAUGGUCCAGUAGAUGUUGAUCUUCGACAGUCAGUCCAUUACUUGAAUUGGUCCAAAUGAGAAGGUCCAGGUACUUCGUCGUGUCAUCAAGUGGUAUCUUACACGAAACCCCGGUUAUAAGCCAACACAAGUCAAUGGAUAUAAAGAAUAUAAAGUAAUGUAAGUAUUUAUUCAAAUAUUUUAUAAAUUACAAUUUUAUAAAGAUAUGGAUAUCCAUUUGUAAUGGUUGAUGUUUCAGGACUCCAACGUGA